UUUGUUAUUGAUUUUUGACGUUGAGUAGGUAGCUGGUAGGAACCUACCUAGGUAUCCAUCCACUAUCCAGGUACAUACUUGGUCGAAAGACAUUUUUGAACUUUAAGUGAAUAUGUGUGUUAAAUAACGAAAAUGUCACCAUCUUAUAGACAGACAUAAAUCAUCUCACUGGAAACAUGGCACUCAGGGUACCAACACCAGAGCUAAGCUGCAUAGAUCCCGAGAACUACAGACAGUAUUUUAGAGCCUUAUGCUGGAGUGGCACAAGAAAAAAUGACAAAAAGACUCAUAAGAAAAUUGGGAAAAAAGAUAAGUUCCACAGACUAAAAGCUGGAGGUACUCUUACAAUAUGCUACGCACCUGCUCUUCUGGGCAAUCCAUCUCAAUUUGCUGUUUAUGCUACGGUUAGGCGAUCCAUAUUGGCCCGUUGGAGAAAUCUCCAAAGUAAUUCUUCAGAGGCAUCUGAUGACAGCGACAAUGAAGAAGGUGUUUCCCCAGUUCCUAUCAACAAAUUGCCUAAGAUCACAGGAGUAGGUCUUCGUACAGUUUUCUCUCUUAUUUCACAAGCUAAGAUAACCAAUCCGCAUUUUUGCGAGCAAGCGUUAAAAGCACUCUUAGAUGUACUGCAAGGGCAUUCUCCUGAAGAGCUUUCGCAAGAACCAACCGAUAUGAUCUUUAAUAUACAUUCUAUGCUAGUUGAAGUGUCUAGUGGUGUGAGCCCUAGUGGUCGUUCUGAACAUCCUUCAAAACUCACAGCUUUAAGCAGCUCUUGUUUAAUUGCAUUGUCAGUCGCACGUGGCGAAGCUGAAUUAAUAUUAAAUGCAGCGGCCUCCUUGGCAAUGUGUGCUCCAUUGUACUUAGACCAAUACUUGAAGACUCCUGCAAAUCUGACCACGCUACAACGAAGCGUUCAGUCCGUUAUUCUGGGUUCUCCAUCCCGUAACCAGUGGUUGCAGUACGGUGUACCAUCACUGUCGCUCAUCAACAGUUUUCCUGUAGAUCUUCCAGUUUCGUUAACGUCUGGUUCGGGUGACCUAGUUGUACGGUCUCUUGUAUCGGACGGUUGUUAUCUCUAUGUUUUCACUUCCAAAGGAUUGUUGAAGAUUGGCUCUGGUUAUGGCAGUUCUAUAAAGCAACAUGUUUAUUCUUAUAAACCAGAUUUUUUCGCGGGUGAGCGACAUGGAUGGCUUGGGUAUUGUAGAACUAAGUUGUUUGUAAGAAUUGGUAGAAAAAAGACUGAUAUCUACGAAAUAGAUAGAGAUACACUAGAAGUACGACAAACAAUCAAAUUAGAUCCAGGGCUACCAGCACCGAUUGAAUCUAAAUCCGCCGUGUUUAGUGAUGGCAAUCAAAUUGGGCUAAUCUUACUCACAAAAUUUGACACGUUGACGAUACGAAUGUAUAGUGUGGACACUGCAAGUCGUCAGGAAGGAACAAACAUCUUGACUUCACAGAAAGAAUUCAAUGUGCACUUAUUAAGGCGUAGAACGUUAGUAAUGGGUCGGGCGCCAUUCGAAGACAUCCUGCCACGUCGGCCCCUUGAUAUGGACGUACCGGUUGCAACACAACUUGAUGAUAAUGACGACGACCCCCUCUUGAGUAUUUGUGGGGGACAAGAAUUUGGACUGCUAGCAACUGUAUCAGGAAAGGUAUAUUACUGCGGCAAAGGCAGUAGUCUCGGUUACAAAGCGGCAUCUGCUAACACAAAAAAAUGGACUUUAAUGAAAGAAACAACAGUCACGAAGAACGAAGCGCCGAAUGCAAAAAAAGCAAAAAUUGCUCAGGUGGCCGUCGGUCAUGAGGGCGUACACGCUAUAUUAGUACUAGACAACGGCACGGCUUUGUUUACCGGUGUGGCAAGACGAGGAGAAGAUGGUGAUGCGAUCAGACAUCGACGGACACCAAAACCUACAAGGCCUAAAAAGAUAUUCAAGGCUGAAGGACAUCACAUAGUUUAUGCGGCUUGUAACUAUGGCUCCACCGCUUUGGUAACGCGUCAAGGUCUCUUACUAAUGUUCGGAAAAGACACCCUGCAUUGCGAUUCGUCGGGACUAGUUCUCGGUCUCAGACACGAACGAGUCAUACAGGUGGCGCUAGGGAAAGCUCAUGCAGUUGUUUUAACGAGCUUCGGACUGGUCUAUACCCUUGGUAUAAACAAUAAGGGACAGUGCGGUCGCGAAUUUGGAUAUACAAAAGAAAAACCGUCUCAUUCUCGUCAUCAUGACGAGAACAAAGACGAAGCCCGCAUAUGCCAGACGCCGCAUAGCUGGACGACGGACUAUUGUCGCGUGUGCGUGCUCUGCUGCGAGUGCACGGGAUUCUCUAAUGCGUGCCAUUGCUCUCAUUUACCAAACAGAGUGCCCGGAGAAAAGUGUGGGUGCGGUGAAGGCGAUAGCGGCUGCAGCGUUUGUGGAAUUUGCCGUCGAUGUGCGGACGCGUUUGCCGCGGCCGGACGCGCCGAAUGUACCGAGCGUGUCUCGGACGCCGACGACGACGCGGACGCCGAGACAUCGACCGCAGCAGAAGCUAAGAAUGACCCGGAGCCAUCGAGGUAUACGCAAUACGAGGGACAUUCAAGCGGUCUAGACGAUAGAGACACCAGCUUCAAAGUGAGUUGUCUUCCGCCUGCUCGCGUGGCUGUGCCCGGAGGACACCGCGUCGCGGCCGUUGCGUGUGGGCUUCAUCAUACUGUGCUACUCACCGAACAUGGUGAAGUCUUGACAUUCGGCUCAAACCAGUUUGGUCAGUUGGGCGCAGGCGAUAUAUCAACACAUCAUCGAAUAAUCCGAGUAAAGGUACCUAAAGCUUCAGCCAUCGCGGCUGGCAGUAAUCACACUGCUGUCCUGACUAGAGAUGGAGAACUUUUCACUUUUGGCAGUUAUCAGAAAGGGUCACUCGGUCGUCCUUGCGAUGACGACGCGCCUCGCUCGGAGAGAGGUCUGAUAUGGUACGCUACCCCAGGGAGAGUACCCCGACUGGGUCCGCGGUAUUCAUGCAAGGCCGUUUGGAUUUCGGCUUCAGGGGACCAAACAUUCGUGCAAAUCUCUCAAGCUCUCAUCAAAACCGAUACGCUUUUCAGCUCGACCAUUACUUCCAACAAUAACUGUAUUCUGAUUCUUCCGAAUCGCCCGGAGCACACAUUUAAAUGUCUGACCAUCAAUAAGAACGACGGAACUUGUAAUGCUUGGACAGGUUCAGAACAAGUCGACUUUGUAAACACACUCGCGUGCCUCGAUCCGCUUUACGAUGUCCUGUGGUGCUACCAUCCUCAGGUGCAAGUGAUAAGAUGUUACAACAUACUAGCAUUCGAUGCGCACAAGAUACAGAGGUGCUGCAACAAUGACCCUGACGGUUACGAUGACGACAAUGAUUUCGAUUAUCCGAGCUGCGGAAACAUGAGGCGCUUGGAAGAUUUCAAGAACUUGGAGAGUUUCGAAGUGACAUGCAGUAAUGAAGAGAAGCCGACCGAUAUCGUGGCUCUAGUGAACAUGUCGGUUCUGAGCCAAGAGCUGGCUAUACCGUGUGCGCCAAAGUGUUCAAUCACACGAAUGCACGCGGUCCUGCAUCUGCUCGCGUGUCUCGACUCCCUGAACUAUGCACACGAUAACAAAUUGCAAUUUGACGUCAGGCUGAGUCAAGUGGAGUGUAAACGAGACAACGCGUCUGCUCCAGAGGCGUCCAUGAAAGAGGACUUCCUCACCGUGAACCGUUUCGAGAGCCACGGCGGAGGGUGGGGAUACUCUGGACAUUCCGUUGAAGCUAUACGGUUUAUGUGCGACACCGAUAUAUUGCUAGGCGGUUAUGGGCUGUUUGGGGGUCGUGGGGAUUACACUGCGAAGAUAAAGUUAUAUGACAUUGGACUUGACGGCGGAGAUCAAGAGGCUGAUGGUGAAUUGUUAGCCGAGAGCGACGAAAUUGUAUUCGAGUGCGCGCCGAGGGAUCGUUUCCCGGUACUGUUCGAAACACCAGUACCAAUAGUUGCAAACCGAUGGUAUUUGGCAUGGGCUUGCAUGAACGGUCCAUCAUCGGACUGUGGUUCUUCGGGACAAGCGAUGGUAAUAAAUGAUGAAGUCGGUUUCCAUUUCAAAUCUUCGAAGAAAUCGAACAACGGUACCGACGUUAAUGCUGGGCAGAUACCGUGUCUCCUGUACAAUAUUGCAACGCCCGAUCAUAAUCUUCCAAUGAGGAUUACCGACCCGGGAGAACCAAUAAUUCCUCUCAGUAAAAAUAUAUCAAGGAAAGUUACAGUGCCGUGCUUCAGAUCUUUAAUAUCACUAUUAACUUGGGGAUGGGCAUCUUUAAAAGAAUUCAUUUUGGACACGAACGGACAGAUUCCUAUUACCUACCAAAAACUGCUGUUGAUGAAGCAGCAAAAGCGAUUAGUGUACGUGGUGAGGUCUUGUCUGAGACUCGUGAAGUUCUACAUCAACGAAAUAUACCCUCAAAACAACAGAAAACGCAAUUCGCACGAGUAUAUGUCAUACUUUGAAUCCAUAGGAGAAGUGAGGAAUUUAAUACAAAUGAUAAUGGCCGAUUGUACCCCAACUUGCUCUCGGAUCCCAAGACGAGUGGGCAGGAUUAGGUCUAGUCGAGUUUGCUAUGUUCAGUUUGCGUUGGAGCUGAUGCAUUCAGUUUUCAAUGAGGCACACGACACGGUCACUGCCUGUUUUCACGCAUUCUUUCCGACGCCCACUUUAAAAUGGAACCACAUGUGCAGCCUGCUAUUUUAUGUAAAGGAGGGCACAGUGCCUCCUGCCCAAAUUCGUGAGCUGACGGCUACGUGUGCCGCGAUGUGUGUAUCAAGGAGUCUGCGAGAUGUUUUGCAAUACAUAGUUCCCGUCACUCAAAAUUAUCUCAUAACGCAUGAGAAUAAGCGCCCCGACAGUAAGGUAGUUGUCAAAGAAAUGCCAUUGAAAUCGGCGACCGUACCUAGAUCAUCGUACGCCCAGAAGCCACCUCCUAUUCCGCCCAGAACGGGAAAUAUGGAAUCACCGAAGUUUCAAGAGACGACUGAAACGAAGCAAAACUUCAGCGACUGGCAUCUGUUGGAUGUGAUUACCAAACUACUCGAUAUUGUACUUCUUCCGAUCAAGCGUCAGAUGAUGACGCGUCCUUGCAACCAGCCUCACGAUCACGGCGAGAUCAAGCAACACGAACGACUCGCCGAGUUUUGCUGCAAACUUACCGUCAGAAUAGUUGCCGAACUUACCCACAGCACUGCCAAUAUUAGGGACGACGUGGACUCUAGUUCGGUGAAACACUUAGUGACGCCUUCGCGUUUUAUGCGCGUCAAUCAGUCGCGCGCCUGGAACACCGGCAACGGAAGUCCGGAUGCUAUAUGCUUUACCGUCGAUCGGUCCGGCGUUAUGUUGGUCGGGGUUUGCGUUUACGGCGGCCCCGGUAACUACGAAUACUCGAUCGAGCUGCUGAACGACGUCAGGCAGUCACGGUCGUCGCCGGAAGAAAUGAAUCCUGCUCAUUGUUGGGUUAGCGUCGAAGUUGCUCACGGCGCUUUCAGUGGAGCCGAGUGUCAGCACGAUAUGGUGCAGUUGAAGUUUGACCGCCCAAUACUUUUGAAAGAAGAAAUUCGUUACGCCAUACGACUAUGUAAUCAUGGUGGUCGAACGGCCAAUGGUGACUGCGGUCUCCCCUCGGUGAAGGGCCCCGACGGAACGACCUUUCGUUUUGCUUCGUGCUCUCUAAGCUUCAAUGGAACUACUCUGGCUCGAGGACAGAUACCUUGCCUCGUUUACUAUUCGCGUUCGUCUACAACUUCGCUCUGCAGCUCGGAGAGUACUGACUCCCUGGUCACCGCCCUACGUACUAUAACAUUACGAGUGGCGUCCUUAGUAAUGGAGAGGGGCUCGGAGCUGUUUUGUACUUUGCGCAAUGAGCUUACGGCCGAGGAUCUCAAGAGGAAUGCCUCUGUGUUGCAACAAUCGCCAGCUAUCAAUACACUCAUACCCUAUACUCUGGCCAGCCUGGAUGGACUUGACGAUCCAAAGAGCGUAAUCAAAAUAUUGGAGAUGAUCCGGAAACUUUUACCACACGUGGGUGCUAUGAAUCUACUCGUGCCUUCCGUGGAGGAGACCAAUAUAAACACGACCGCAGCGCAAUACUACAGUUGGGUCGAAAGUGAGCACCCAUACAAGCAGGCGACUGUCACCAACAUGAGAGUGCUGUUUCCGACUACGGUGUCGUGGAUUGUAUUGGAGAUGGAUCCGAGGAGUAUAACAGCUCAGCCCGAAGACACGCUCACUGUAUUCGCUGUGGCUGGAGCACCGAAACACAAGUGUCAUUGUACUGAAGAGCCUCGUACCGAUAUACCGUUUAAGAAGCGUCUAGUACAUUUGGGGCCGGAAGGCGAUUUUGACGAUUACGUAGAAGCAGUUGACACGGACGCCCCGUGCAUGCAAUAUAACUGCACUUACGUCAGCGUCACACCUAAGCUCUCCAACGUAGCAACUGAAUGGCCGCAAAGGUCGUUGCUGGUGCCGGGAAACGAAGUGAUAUUUUCACUGGAAACAGCCUCAGAUUAUCUCACCGAAUACAAUAAAGCUAACAACGAAGAGAACCGUUUCGGUUUUCGUUGUCUGGCCGUUGGCUACGAGGAUUCCAACUUGACAUCGCAGAAGCAAGGUCUGGUCGCCCUAGAGAUGGACCUCAUGUUCACCGGUGCGGCGUGCGCUUCGAAACUGCUCGCACCCGAUCUUGAGAUACCUCCGAUGAGUUUCGCAACACUACUAGAAGUACAGCUUCAAGCAAUGAUAGGAGGCAACCCUACCGGAGGCGAGGACGAAACUCCCCAAGAUGCUUGCGAAACGCUUUUCCUAUCCCGGGGACUCGAUCUGACUUCACUUCCAACAGUUCAUCAAAUUUUUGAUGACCAAUCUCUUCAGCAGUGCAUAUCUACGGAACGUCAAUUUUUGUCUGACUUCGUUGGGGGCGAUGAAAACACAGCCGGUGGCCGCCUCGCUCGCUGGUUGGCGCCAACAUCUCGCGUCGAGCCCAACAAUUGCGAGUUGAAGGCACCGGCUGUACCAGCUAGGCCUGCUACAAGGGUAAUACUACCGGUUCUCGUGAGAGAUCAGUACGGAGACUACGUUGCUUCGCCGGCACUUAAAGUUGAGGUGGUUGUGCAGCGACUCGAAGGAAGCGGGGCCCGGGCCAGUAGGGCUUCAGGUCCCGGUAAUGACGAGGGCUUGCCUGAUAUACCAUAUCAGCCUACCGUAAGAGACAAUAUGUGCUUCCAAGCCAUCAGUAUGAUGAAGGCGUACCAGAACUUUUCGUUCGAAGAAAUUCGUUUCACUGCCGGGGCCUGGGGUCGGUCGAUGUCGAACGCUGUAGCGUUUGGAGGCACAGGACGCUCGCCGGCGGAGCGUCUCACCGUGCGCCAGCAGCUCGACGGUACAUUCUACGCUUCCUGGACCCCGAGGUCCCCGGGCACUUACGUAUUCAAAUGCACCCUGGACGAUCUACCCGUACCAAACGAAUUAACAAUCGACGUUGUCGAAUCAACGUACGUAGGUCCCGCCGAACGCGGAGCUCAACCGCUAGUUGCGGGACAAUCAUCACCUUCCUCGAGGGUGCGAAGUUUCACUGCAGAAAACAGCGCCGGUCUUCGAGUCCGGGCCAGCCCUAGCUUGCAGUCAGAAGAGUUAGGUCGCAUCCCUCCCGGAGAAAACAUAAUGUUCGUGGAGGAGGUUGUGAACAAAGAUGGAACGUGGGUACGUUUGAGUUUGGAUUGCGCGAAUCUAUAUGCCGAGGAAAGUUCGGGCGUGGCCUGGUGUCUCCAGCACAACAGACAUCUCGACCGAAUUUUGCUGGAGCCAGUUGAGCCUAGUAGUCCCAUACCGGAAGAAGAGGAAGGUGGCUGGAGGGGCGCAGGUGAGAUGAGAGACGAAACGCUCUCGUGGAGUCAGGAUGAAGACUGCGAGGGGGCUGCAGCAGAUGGCCCCAGCGGGAUCGAUCACAGACUCCCUCUAACUGAACUAAACGACGAUAGUGACAGCGGGUCAAGUGCCAUCGCACAGGCCAUGGAGCUUUGUAAGAGAAAUCAAAGUCGCGAAGAUCUCUGUUCCUCACCGUCAUCGGCUAUUCAGCGUCGCAGCAAUGGAAAUAAUGACGACUGGUGGCCCCCCAGUAAGAGGUCGAGCGACAACUUCAGAGAUGUUGAUACCAUACUCGAGACGGACAUCGAACCGGAUGGCGAUGACUCUGAGCAAGACAAGCGCUGCGGCAGUCGCAUGGCACAAGCCGGCACACAGACUUCACCGGAGAGCGUUGACGAUAUGCUGGUUCCAGUGCAUUUGUUCGCGACCGGACCGAAGGAUGGUCGUGUCAGUCCAAUGCCGGUGCCUCGCGAGCGAACACCGGCACGGUCUCGUCCGUAUCGACGCGCCAGCCCCCCGCCCCCGCCGCCGUCGCGCUCCGUGCCCGCCCCCCCACCGCCGAAGAAGCACGCACUCAGCCCGGCGCAGGCCGAAACUCUUCGAUGUAUUUUCGCAGCACUUUUAUGGCACGAAGGUAUCGUACAUGACGCAAUAGCAUGCGCGGCAUUUUUAAAGUUCCACCCGCAGCUGCCGAAGCAAGGGACACGUGUGGUGACGCGAUCCUCUCACGAUUUCAGUCUGGCUCGUAACCAGAGGCACUCCGUUGAAGUCUCCAACGCAGGGCAGUACCUCAACAUCAAUCCCUCGACUUUGGAGACAUUAACUCGCUCCGGAAUCGAAGCUAGCGAGAGUCGAGCCCGAAAAGCUGAUGUGGACGUCCAAAUGAAUGAAGAUUAUAUGCAACCGCAAUGCAGCACUUCAACGGAUCCAGUUCCCCCUCCGGCUGUAGUGAACGUCUUGCCUCCCGCAUUGCGCGCUCUGGUGGCUCUGUGGGACGCUCUCUACGAUGCAGAUCAACUGUCUGCCACCACCGAGAAGAACAAGAGGGGAGUACCACAAGAUAAGACCGAAUCAGAGGAAUUGCGACCGCUUUUGUUAAGGAUCAAACGGGAUCUGGCGCGACGCCAGACGACCAAGACCCCGUACGUAGUACAGUGCGAGCUGUGCGGGGGCUCGAACGUGCCGCCGCCGCUGGCCGCGCAUAUGCGCCACGCCCACCCGGGCUGCCGAGCCGUCACGCUGCAUGGAUACGACCGCGCUGGCACCUACAGGGAGGCCGAGCCGCAGGCCGCCACCGCCGACACCCCGGUCACGGCGUGUGGACAACUCGCCCAAGCAUACGAACUAUGGUACAUCUAUUGCGAGAGGUGCAGAGAGAAAACUCUGAAAGCCAAGUCGAAGUCGGCAAUGAACAUGUCGACCGAACGACUAGACAUGAUUCCCGGAAUUGAUCACAAUGUGAUGAAAGAGAACGCUCUGUUCCUCCUCGAUUUGGCUCCACUCACUGAUUCAGAACCUCUAAGCGUGUCUCCAUGGAGCGAGAACUUGAGUCGAAGCCCCCCGACUUCGCCGGGGAGCGUUUGGCAACCGGCGCCUCCCUUCCAAUGCCUACAAGCACUCGGCGCUGAGCCUAAAGAGAACGACAACAACGACGCCGCCAAGUAUCACUCGCUAGGACGUCCGCAACCUCCUGCCAUCGCUCCUACAGUGUCGAAUUUCGCCGCUCCGGAGGCCAGCCUUGGUUUCCAGCCCCGUGUACACCGUUCUGUGUCUAUGGGACAAGCCGGAGGAGACCUCGCGGCGGCCGCACGACCUCUGCUCACCCGCAAGUUGCGUAGCGAUUCGCAUGACACCGCCACCGGUAGUGGAUUGUCACUGCUCUCGCAACCGAGCAAGGCGCUGAAGGGUCUACUCAGCUGCGGCGAUUGGAGUGCCACGGACUGUCCUUUGUCCGCAUUUGAAGCCCCUCGAAUAGACUCCAACAUUAUAAUGAAAAGGCCGGUGCUGAGCUUCGUGCUCGCAAAACGCGAUUUGGCCGCUCACAGAGAGAAAAUGGACGCGGCCGUCAGGAUUAACAUUGUCAGACAAUACGCGUUUGAGGCCCUCAAUUGGCUGCUUCGUUCAGCGACACAGCCAAUCUGCGCCCACGAUGUUAUGUGGUGGUUCUGUACAGCUUUGGAGAAGUUUGCCAGGAUCGUACCACCACCGCACAUUGUUGAAGAUAAUAAGGAGAAUGCAGUAGCUGAGCCGAUACGCACGGUCCCGCCAACCGCUUCGACGUCCGCCAUCUGCCCCGGCGGCCGAGCAGCCCGCGGCGCCCGAGCUGCUUUCCACUCUUUCCUGGGCUCCGUCAGUACUUUAGCACCAUCGCUACCACACGCCAGCGCCGCGAGUCUGCAGGCCAUACGAUGCUGGGCGCUCCACUACUCCAGCCACGAUCGGGCUUUCUUGCACAGAUCGCAAGUGUUCAGUGUAAUCAGCAAGAUAUUAUCUCGUUCUGAGGAAGGCGUCCACGACGACGGCCCACAUUGUGCCAUACACGACAGCUUCCAUAGCUAUUUGAAGGAGAAUCAUGUAUGGAGCUCUUCCGACGUGACUGGCUGGUGCGAUAUUACGGUAUCUUCACGUCAAGGCAUGGCCGGCGCCUUAACCGACGGCAGCACGGAGACGUUCUGGGAAUCAGGCGACGAAGACAGGAACAAAGCAAAGUGGAUACAAAUCUCUUACCCGGGAGGCUCGCACGAUGAUCGCCCGCACAUUGUGUGCGUCCACAUCGAUAACACAAGGGACACUGUGAACAAGACGCUGCUGAUGACGUUCCUGUACAGCUCAGGAUCCACUGAGUUGAUCCACAUGCAAGACAUAGAAGUCGAUCCGAAGGUCGCUACUUGGCUCUGCUAUACUUUACCACGUGUGUCUACCACGUCGCUGCGCGUUCGAUGCGAGCUCCGCGGUCCCGAAGCGGCGGUUCGAAUCCGCCAGGUCCGGGUCCUGAGCGCGCCGACGCUCCUCCAUUCAGCCGCCGUGACAGCGCCGCAAGUGCUGCACGGACUCUGCGAAACGGACACCCUGCGAGUUUUCCGCUUGUUGACUUCUCAGGUGUUCGGGAAGCUCUUGGAAUGGGAGCAGUCUAGCGACGCGGGCGCUGAAGCCGCGGUAGCAAUCGACGAUGGAGUUGCCAACGACGACAGCGAUCUCAGAGAGCACGUUGUUGGCAUCCUAUUCGCUGGACACAAACUUACAUCUCUGCAACGACAAGUGAUGUCUCAUAUAGUAAGUGCGAUCGGAUGUGAGACUGCCCGCGUGCGCGAUGAUUGGGAGACAACUCUGCUUUGUGUCGAACCCACGGAUAGUGAAUGGGAGGAGUCGCCAGCCGCCAAACACAUGGGGUCGCAGCAGGACAACUACUGUUUCGAAAUGCUCUCACUGCUAUUAGCUCUCAGCGGCAGUGCAGUGGGUCGAGUACAUCUUGCUCAGCGCACGGAACUACUAUCUGACUUGUUAUCUCUGCUUCACACUGGUAGCGAACGCGUACAAAGACAGGUAAUAUCGCUCUUACGUCGAUUGGUCAUAGAGCUACCGCCCCAGAAGAUGUUAGCGGCCGUCAAUUAUGGUUCCGAUCCGAUUAGCAGGGUAACUUUACUCGACCAUCUGGUUUGCUAUUUGGGCAAAGCGAUCACAGUUCAAAUGAAGGUGAAAGGUUCUAGUGGAGCCGCCCCAGCUACGGUUAUGAUGGGGGGCAGUAUGGUGUCCUUGUCCGCGAGUAAUUGGUUCAUGAGAGGCGAGACUACCAAAAAACACGCACAUUUGGUAGCUAAACUACUAUCUGACAUGGCAGAGGAUAAAUUGGCUGGUUCAUGGGGCCUAGAGACACGUACCCAAUUAGCCAACUACGUAUGUGCCAUAUCGCAAGUAUCCGAAAAAGAGAGACAGCCGGCGCUUUGCAUCGCGUCCCCCACUAUCUGGAUGGCGCUAGCUUCCCUGUGCGUGUGUGAACAAUCACAUCUAGAUCUGGUCAACAGUUCUGGAGACGGGCGCGGAGCUCGUGGUCGAGACUCUUCCUCCGAGACUCGUCCUCUGUGCGCCAACCACGACGACGGUGCCACAGCGGCGGUCAUAGAUUGCCGCAACUGUGGACCGCUCUGUGCUGAAUGCGAUCGAUUCUUGCACCUAAACAGGACCGCCAGGACUCACCACAGACAGAUCUGCAAGGAGGAGGAGAGCGCUAUACGCAUAGACAUACACGAAGGCUGUGGACGCGCGAAGCUGUUUUGGCUGCUGCUCCUGGUCGACAGGCGUACGCUGAAAGCCUUAGCCGAGUUCAGAGGAAUGGAAGGUGGAGUCUGUGAAGCCGGACCAUCAUCCGAGGGACCAGCCGUGGCUUCGGGACCGGUGGCUCCUUCUGGCACAUGUCGCUUUUGCGGGGCCAGAGAAUCUACCGGCAUACUCACCAUCGGAAAUAUCUGCGCCGAUCAACAAUGUCAGGACCAUGGUCGGGAAGCAUGUAAUGUCAUUCUCGCUUGCGGUCACCUCUGCGGUGGAGUUCGAGGAGAGCAAACCUGUCUGCCGUGCCUACAUGGGUGCGCGGGCGUCUCAGCUGGUGAGGCAGCGCCACUGAGACAGGACGCGGACGAUAUGUGCAUGAUUUGCUUCACUGACCCCUUGCAGGCCGCCCCUGCGAUACAGCUAACUUGCGGGCACGUGUUCCAUCUGCACUGCUGCAGGAAGGUGCUCGUCAAUAAGUGGAACGGUCCCAGGAUUAGUUUCUCGUUCUCGCAGUGCCCAAUUUGCAAGGAGGACAUAAACCACUGGACCCUUGAAGAGUUGUUAACACCUAUCAGGCAACUGCGUGAUGAAGUGAAACGCAAGGCACUAAUGAGACUCGAGUACGAGGGUCUGUCUGCUCCGGGCGGGACCAAAGGACGCAAUGUUUCCGAUCCGGCUUCCUACGCCAUGGACAGAUAUGCUUAUUACGUCUGUCAUAAAUGUGGCAAGGCCUAUUUCGGAGGGCUGGCUCGUUGUGAGGCCGAGUCGAAUGGCUGGUGGGAGCCGGCUGAGCUCGUAUGCGGCGCUUGCAGUGACGUCACCGGCGCUAGGACUUGCCCGAAACACGGAGCCGACUUUCUCGAGUACAAAUGCCGGUAUUGCUGUUCGGUUGCAGUCUUCUUCUGCUUCGGCACGUCGCACUUCUGCAACGCCUGCCACGACGACUUCCAGCGCGUCACACACAUACCGCGACAUCUGUUGCCUCAAUGUCCAGCAGGUCCUAAAGGUGAACAGCUGCCGGGUACAUCGGACGAGUGUCCUCUGCACGUGCAACAUCCGGCGACCGGCGAGGAGUUCGCGCUCGGCUGCGGCGUGUGCCGGCACGCGCAAGGCUUCUAAACGCAACGUGGUCACACUCGCGCCCCUAUAACACGCCUCCGCCGCGAAACUGCUUUUUGUACCACAUCUGUGAUUUUGCUCUAUCGGCUAUCUAGCAUAUCGACGCUUGAAAGGCAAACGUGACUAAGCGGCAAUGACUGCUUUAUACAUAAAUGAUAGGCAAUAACCAUAU